CCAAGCGGCGACCUCGAACAACAAUCUCUGCUAUGGCGAAUCUCGCAUCCCGUCGGAGCCUGGCUUCGAUUCUAUCACGAGCGCUCUCAUCUUCUUCUCCAUCCACUUCAUCCCCCUCGCUAUCUUCCCGUUCUCGCUUCGCUUCGGCUCUUCCCGACAAAUCCUCUCCGGCGCGGCCCAAGGAGCAACCGCCCGCCCAAGGAGACGAUCAUGCUCGACGGCUGCGACUACGAGCACUGGUUAAUCGUGAUGGAGUUUCCCAACGACCCAAAACCUUCCGAGGAAGAGAUGAUUAAUUCAUAUGUCAAAACCCUCGCCGCCAUCGUCGGAAGUGAGGAGGAGGCGAAGAAGAAGAUUUACUCGGUUGCUACCAAGACCUACACUGGAUUUGGUGCUCUGAUUUCCGAAGAACUCUCCUACAAAGCUAAAGGUAUACCUUUUUUUGA